AAGCAAAGGUGGGGAAGUUUGGUAUAUAGCAUAGUUUUACAGUAAAUUCCAAUAAAACUAGAAAUGGACAGCAGGGCGAAUUAAGAGCCCACAUGGCCACAACCCGCGAAAAUCUGCCCGCUAUUUCUUCUCAAUUCUCAUUCUCACCGCUCCGUCACUCUCGUCUCCUGUUUCUCUAUGCGACGCCAGAAAGAAACACACAAACAGACAAAAGAAGAAGAAUCCACGAAUCGAUCGCAUCCAGUGACCGCCGGUGAACUCGAUCAUGGCUCAGAACCAGCUCAUCGACUCCCUCACCUCCCAUAUCUCCCUAUACCAUUCUACAUCCCUUCCCCUCAAUCCUGAUACCAAUUCCAAUCUCAAUCCCAGGUCCUCCAUCCUUAAAUGGUUCUCUUCUCUCAGCGUCCACCAACGCCAAGCUCAUCUCACGGUCGUUGAUUUCAAAUUCGUCCAAAUCCUCAUCCAAAUGGUGGCCGAAGUUCGCAAACGAGGACACGGUUUCUUUAUCAUCCUUCCCGACAUUCUCUCCACUGACCCUCUGCACUUACCUAGCUUAUGCUUUAAGAAGUCCCGCGGACUACUGUCUCGUGUCUCCCAGUCCAACGAGUCCCAAAGGAUGAUUUUCGAGUCCACUCGAUUAUUCGGUUCCAGGGAAGGCGACAAACUCGAGGAAUGUUCUUGUUCGUUAAAGAACAUCGAUUCUAUAACUGUAAGCGAGGAAUUCGUCUCAAAUGUGGAUAAAUUUGUCGAGGCAAUGGAUGGAGUUUCAAAUGGAGCGUUUUUGAGAGGUGAAGGGGGUGACCUGGCGUCCAAUUGGGCUGAAUUAAAUUGGUUAAAAGCGAAAGGAUACUACAGUAUGGAAGCCUUUGUGGCGAAUAAGUUGGAGGUGGCUUUGAGAUUGUCAUGGAUGAACUUGAAUAAUGGAAAAAAAAGAUCGGUAAAGUUCAAAGAGAAGGCUACCGCAACUGGCAUGGCUACAAACGUGUUUUGGAGGAAAAAGGGAUGCGUGGACUGGUGGGAUAAAUUGGAUUAUUCGUCAAGGAAAAACAUUCUGACUGCAAUUCUGGGGAAAUCAGCAAAAAAUUUGACACAUGAGAUCCUGAGAUGGACAAGUGGACUUGCGGAGCAUGAGAUGGGGCUCUUUAGUGCUGAAUGGAAUAGACCAUUUAGGUACAAUUGUACUACAUCUCCACCAAGGUCCAUGUUAACAUCCCAGGCAGACCUGCAUAUUGACUUCAACAUAAUUCCAGAUACCCAUUCUGGAAAACCUUAUUUAUUAAGUAAUAUCUUUAGAAAUUUGCUUGUGCUUCAGGAUAUUGUUACGAUGGUAUCAUCGUGUCUUCAUGAUGAAUACUAUAAGUGUAAUCUAUUCUAUAGCACUUUGGGUUCUAUCUGUGCCAUCCCUGAUUGUAUAUUAAGAAAAUUGCGGGAAUUUCUUAUGUUUAUUUCACUUGAUUGCACGAAAUUUGAGCUCCUAGGAGAGGGGAAUGGUAAGUCCUUUCCAAGUAAAUCAAGAGAGCAGGUAGGUGCUUCCAGUAGAAGGAAAAAGGGAAAAAGCCGGAAAUCACAGAAUCCUGCACUGAGGGCAUGUGUAGAUGAUUUAUCAAGCAAUAACUUUACGAAGCGUCAGGAAUUUGACAAGGAGUGUGGUCACAGAGGGAGAGAAGUCAUGACAGACUCCACAACAAUGUCUAUUAUGUCCAAGGGAAAUGAGACUUGCAGAGAAAUUCCAGCAGAUGUAUCUAAAACAGUACAUGACCAAAAAAUGAGUGUUGGAAAAGAUCAAGGCACUGUGAGGAAGAAGAAAAAACACAAGAGUAAAAAUUCUGGUGGGAACAGCAGAUUAGUUGAAAUAAGACCUUCUGUUGGGCCAGCCGUUAAAUUUUCCUCGCCAUCUUUUAGUUCUCAGGAUCAGGUAGCAGAGUUGGAUAAGGAUAGUAUAUUCAUAAAACCUUCCAUCUCGAAUAUCAAGAAUGAUAGUACUAAUAACUUUGACAGUUCAACAUUAAUCCCGAGUCCUCUAGUUCUCUCUAAUGAGCCAAAUAGAGAGUAUGAAAGCAUCCUUAAAAUUGAAGUACAUGAAGUUUCUGGAAUAACAAAAUCUGUCAGUCAAAUUGGUCCUGGAGAAUCUCAGUUCUCAAAAGGAAUAAUUGAAAAUCAAUUCUUAUCAUCUACAUUGGAAAAUUCUUCAUCUUUUAUGGAUUGCAGUGCAGUACCUUCUCAUUUGCCUUCACUGGAGCUAAAGAAUAUUGUCAAAAGUGAUGUCAAUGUGAAGAGCUCUGUCCGAACUUGUGAAGUAGGCAAUAAAUCAUCUUUGUUGGAUAAACUUCCAAGAACCAUUGAUGUAAAGGAGAAAUCGUGCUCAUCUCGACAUCAAUUUAGUGGUGAUACUUGUAAUGCUAGGACCUUGAAUCCCUUGGAACAUUCUCCCUAUGAAUGGCACGGUGUAGCUUCUUUGUAUAUCCCAUCUUUCAAUUCACAUCUACCACCUGCUACCGAUAGAUUACAUUUAGACGUUGGUCAUAAUUGGCACAAUCAUUUCCGCCGGUCUUUCACACCUGCAAUGCAUCAAUCAAGAAAUUCGUCUGCUAAAGGCAGCUGUAAUCCAAUUCUUACACGACCACUGUUAAUGAGUUUAGAUUGGCCCCCAGUUUUACGAAGUGCUUCUGGCUUGGCUUCAACGAUGACGUCAAAUCAUGAUAUUGGGUUUCUUUCUAGGAGACAAUCUACUUUUUGUAAGGGGUUCCCUAAUAACAGCAGUCAAGUUAGUACGGAAGAUGAGAAGUACUCUGGCAAACUAACUGAUUUUCCUGAUUUAUCAAAUAAUCAAGACCUAGCUGAUGAGUGUGAUGGAAACUGGAUAUCGGAGGAAGAAAUGGAAAUGCAUGCAGUUUCUGGGAUAGACUAUAAUCAGUAUUUUGGUGGUGGUGUUAUGUACUGGAAUCCUUCUGAUCACCAUGGGGCAGGAUUCUCUCGACCUCCUUCUCUUAGUUCUGAUGAUAGCUCAUGGGCUUGGCGUGAAGCAGACAUGAACAGGACUGUUGAUGACAUGGUUGCUUUCUCUUCUUCUUACAGUAAUGGGUUGACUUCCCCAACUGCUACUUCAUUCUGUUCUUUUGAUCCACUGGGUUCUGGAAAGCAGGCUCUUGGUUAUGUGGUGCAAGGAACUGAUCUACCCAACAACAUGCUUCAUUCCUCAACAACUAUGAAAGACACAGUGACAGAGGAAGAUGAUCCUAGAUCUUUGCCAAAUUUGCCUAGCGAUGUUGAAGGGAAAGCAGACUCACAUUCAUUUCCAAUCUUGCGCCCUAUUGUUAUUCCAAGUAUGUCGAGGGAAAGAUCAAGAUCUGAGUUCUGUCAUGGUUAUGAUCAUAAAAGCCCAUGUAUCCCUCCUACAAGGAGAGAGCAAUCUCGAGUAAAGCGACCACCGUCUCCAGUAGUUCUUUGUGUUCCACGGGCACCAAUACCACCUCCGCCUUCUCCUGUAAGUGACUCCAGGAAGCACAGGGGGUUUCCAACUGUUAGAUCUGGUAGCUCAAGUCCAAGGCAUUGGGGGGUAAAGGGUUGGUAUCCUGAUGGAACUAAUUUGGAAGAAGCAUGCUUACGUAUUGACGGUGCUGAAGUUGUAUGGCCUAAUUGGAGAAAUAAAAGUAAUUCUAAUUGCUCAAGAGUUCAACCUUUGUCAUUAAUAGCUAUGCCCCAGAUAGCUCUUGACCAGGAGCAUCCAGAUGUUGCAUUUCCUCUCUUUCCACCUACGAUUAGCUGCUCUGUAAAAAAAGAAUCUCUUUCUUUGAUGCAUAGCCGCCUACAUGAUGAGAUCGACUCUUUUUGCAAGCAUGUUGCUGCAGAAAACAUGGCCAAGAAGCCUUACAUCACUUGGGCUGUUAAACGGGUUACACGGUCCCUUCAAGUCUUAUGGCCUAGGUCCAGGACAAACAUUUUUGGUUCAAAUGCAACUGGUUUGUCCCUUCCCACGAGUGAUGUGGAUCUUGUGGUUUGUCUGCCUCCAGUGAGAAAUCUGGAACCUAUUAAAGAAGCUGGGAUCUUAGAGGGACGUAAUGGUAUCAAAGAAACCUGCCUUCAGCAUGCAGCCAGAUAUCUUUCCAAUCAGGAAUGGGUAAAAAGCGAUUCAUUAAAGACGGUGGAAAAUACUGCUAUUCCUAUUAUCAUGCUUGUUGUUGAAGUUCCUCAUGAACUCGUGACUUCGUCCACUUCAAAUAUGCAAUCGCCCAAAGAGGAGUCCUCUGCUGUAUCUGGAGAACAAGAUGCCAACAAUCUCAAUGAUAUGGCUAGUUUAGAAGAUUCUAUAUUGCCAAAAUGUUUGGAGGUGAAUUAUGAUUCCUCAAUUAGCACCAAGUCAGUCCGCAUUGACAUCAGUUUCAAGACUCCAUCACAUACAGGACUCCAAACUUCUGAGCUGGUUAAGGAGCUGACUGAACAAUUUCCAGCUACUAUACCUUUGGCUUUGGUGCUAAAGAAAUUUUUGGCAGAUCGAAGUCUUGAUCAGUCUUAUUCUGGUGGCUUAAGUUCUUACUGUUUGGUAUUACUGAUCAUACGCUUUCUUCAGCAUGAACAUCAUCUUGGCCGUCCCAUCAACCAAAACUUUGGGAGCCUUUUGAUGGACUUCCUUUACUUCUUUGGGAAUGUAUUUGAUCCUCGCCAAAUGCGCAUUUCAAUACAGGGUAGUGGAGUCUAUAUAAAGAGGGAAAGGGGAUACAGUAUCGAUCCUUUACAUAUCGAUGAUCCUCUUUUCCCCAUGAAUAAUGUUGGACGCAAUUGUUUCCGCAUUCAUCAAUGUAUCAAGGCUUUUUCAGAAGCUUAUUCUAUUAUGGAGAGUGUGCUGAUAUCCCUUCAUGAUCAUGGUGACGCAAGUUCAGAUGCAACUAAUAGGGUGCUGCAGAAAAUAAUACCUAGCAUUGAUUUAUCAUAAGGGCUUGAUCUACUAUCUUUAUAUGCUUGGAGAUUGUCUUAAAUGUCCAUUUCACCACAGUGGUGUUUGCUGUGCAAGAAGAGUGAGUCACAGAGCCACAUUUUCCUCUCUUGCAGCCUUACAAACUUGUUUUGGAAGGGAAGUCUUUCAUCCUUCAGAUGGGCUAUACAGUUCUACCAAAUGACAUAAGGAUUUUCCUUUAUCUUUGGUGGGUCACCCUUUUAAAGCGAAAAAGAGUAUUAUUUGGAUGCACUUCAUCCAAGUAUUUUUAUGGGCUACAUCAAUUGAAGGAGAUCAAAGGAAUCGUACGAGUUUCUUAUGACUUGACAAUGUGUGUCUCAUUGGAUCGUAACUUAUCAUUCAAUUAGAACCUAUGUAAUGAUGGGUUUGUUCACUUACCAACUAGGUUGAAGUGGUCCUCCUCGCCAAUUAGGGGUCAAAUCUAGCUAUUCAGGGACCUGAGAAGUGGCGAGUGUUCAUCCACUAGCUUACUUGGCGUUAAGUUUAUAUCCACAACAAUUGAGUUGACGGUCAUCAGUGGUCACCAUUAAAAAAAAUUCUUUAAUUGUAGUUGUCAUCUCAACAAGCAAAUGAUGGUUAUCCCUUCAUCACGGAACUUUUGGAAACCUUUUGAUGGACUUUCUUUACUUCUUUGGGGAAAUGAUAACUGAAGUUCAGUUUCUAAGUCCAAUUCUUUUCGUUGUAAGGAAUUAGGCCCUUAGAUAUUAAGUUGAUGCUGGGACUCGAUUGCAAAUAUGUGCUUCAGAGAUGGGUUUUUCCUUUUCCUUAACCAGAUAUUAAGACAAGAAUGUCCUCAAUCUCAGAUAAGCCCAUCAUAGCAUGAAAUCAUUGGAUCUUAUGAUCUUUUUGAUGAACGAGAUCAAUGAUAUCUUCGGCAAUGGCUUUCACACAUCUUCGUGGCAUAUUCCCAGUUGAGUUGUGGGGUUAUUGCUGUGGUUUGUCCAAGAGUUUUACGGUCACCCACUCGCCUCAAUGUUACGAUUCCACAAGCUUGGAAUAGGUCACAGGUUGCUUGGGAUUUGGGUCUUAGUCGAAAUCAAUGAUUUGGAGGUGUUUGAAUGGUCAAGUCUUACCCAUCUUCUUUCUUCCCCUAUUUUAAGACCCGUGAACAACAACUCUUGGAUAUGGACUCUUUACCCCACCAAAGUUUUUACAAUUCCCUGACGGGAAAUCUCACCCAUGCAAUUAGUCGUAGUUCGAACAAACUUUAUUCGGUGAGUGGGAAGGAUGGUUACCUCGAGAAUGAAUUAUAACAUUUUUCUUGGUGAAAUUAAUAUAGCUAGUUGAUACAAAGGUAAACAUCAAAGGUCACCGUUUCUCCAUGUUGUGAUGUGUUUUUCUUACGCAGCAUCUCCUAACCAUCUCUAUAUACAGUGCUCUUUUGUUUCUCAGAAUGUGAAACUUUUGCUUGGGCCAUACAUACACCGUAGUUUUGCGGAUACCUUCAACUAUUAUUAUAUCAUGUAAUAUAUUUAUUACUUGUUUAUGUAA